UCGUAAACAAUAGAGGUAUUCGGGGAUUUUGCUUUCUCUAUAUUUUUAUCAGGCAUUCUUUUUUGUCUUUCUCAUUUGAUACGUUGGGGACGUCUAAACAAAAAAUAAAUAAAUUUACCAUACAAUACAUAUAAUACAAUGGCUCAAGUACAAUUCCUGGACAAGCUGCUCCAUGAGUAUUUGGUUUUUCGAGGAUUUUCUAAUACCAUUAAAGCUCUGGAUAAUGAGUUACGUACUGAAAAAGACCAAUCAUUUCGUGCAGAAAAAGUUAUGGAACAAUUUAAUCAUUGCAUUAAUCAUAACGACUUACAAGGAUUAUUAUCGUUAUGGAAGCAUUUAGAUGCAAAUCUUUUUAGCAAAUUGGAACACAGCUAUUCCAUGGCUGUAAAGAAAUUGGAGAAUAGCUUGUUAAAACUAUAUUUGGUCACUGCCUACAACCACAACAAGACUGAAAAGAUAACAGAGUUUUUUAACAAGCUAGCUGCGGAACUUCAACAACAAAGUGAAUGGAAAGAUUGGUUUUAUUUCCCAUUUUGUCGUAAUCCCGAAGAAUCGCAACCUUUUUCAUUGUACUUUAAAAAGGAAUGGCAAGAUACCUUUCAACUUUCACUGCGAAACUUUUUAGCAACCAUAUAUCAAUGUCUGCCACAACCAACGUUUGUUCGUGUAGAACAAGAGGCUGCCCUCAUAAGACGUCUUCAAGAGGAGAAUGCUCUUUUAAAGUCGCGACUACAACAUCAGCAGCAACAAUUAACUGCUUCACAAAGUUCUCAAAAUCUUGCAACAGCAACAAGCUCAUCUUCGGCCGGUGGAAAUGUAGGAGCCGAUGCACGUCGUCGUGCGUCUUGCCGUCCACAACAAAGUCUUAGUGAUAUUUUACCAUUCGAUAUAAGCCCCCCGGGACAUAUUGUCGAUGAUUUUUGUAUAAUUGCCACUGAAGUCAAUAGUGUAUCUCAGGCGAGUGAUGCCCAAGCUCGUGGUUUAAAAAUGCUUAUACGUAACAUUGGUUCCGGAGGUUCUCCGGUAAUGGGUCGCAAAGAUAAUGCCGGCCACGGAGAGAAAUCUGCAAAACGUCGUUCGGGCAGUGUUGGUCGCAAUUGGAUAUAAAUCUAUAUGUAUAUAAGUAAAAUAUUAUUGUAAAUAUAGUUUUAUUAUUUAUAUAUAUUUCAUUCCAAAAAUAUGUAGUUGCAAUAUGUAUGUAUUCAUUUUAUAUAAAUAUAGAGCUUGAUCUCCAAUAUAUUCCAUAGUUAACGUUUCAUAUAAGAAAUAAACAUACUUACUAUCAUUAU